AUGAAGAAAUUUUUGAUGAUUGGGUUGAUUCUGGUGUUUGGAGGUCUUUGCUAUGCUGGAGGCUAUUUGCAUGCCUUUUCCCAGUUCAACAACAAGGAGUUGCAACAAAACGAUGAUUUCUACUACAACUUCGACUUCGACAAUUUCAACAAAAACUACGAUGGUGAUCAAGAAGGCCUCGUUACUUACCGACAUAAUAUAAUAAAUUGA